AUGUAUGCAUGCCGCCCUUCAAAGCUGUCAUGUCACUUCAUCCGCGUGAGAGCAAUGCACCAAUAUCCGCAUGAGAAGAGUAGCACAAAGCAACAGCCGCAUCGUCAGCCGCAUGUGUAUUGUCUCAUCACACACCUUAAAUAUGUGUAUUACCACCCUGGACAGACACUACGCGCGGGAAUCCGUACAGAUGAAUUGCGCGGCAGGACUAAGUAUCUGGUCAGACUUGGCUAUUGUCAUAUCACGCUGCGUGAGACAUUGCCGCAACCAAGAUCAGACGAAGAGUUGGCACAUGAUCGAAACGUUAUCUCACAACAUGUCCUCUCAACUGGUUGCUUGACACUACCAAGUAUGUAUCCGUCAAUCCCUACCCACGCAGUCAGAAGAGCAAAAACACCGCAUCGUCGACAUGAUGAUCCUACCGGCACAUUACAAAAUAUCAACCGACAUGAACAACUUUACACGUAUCAAAAACGGAAAGACUUGCUUCCUCCUCUCUGUCACUCUUCCCCACCACAUCCUAUCCCGACAUCCAGCUGA